UUCAGAGCCGAUUCUGUUUAGAUUCAAACCCAGAACGGGUUAAAGAAACACCACUUUCUAUUGCAACAACAUUUAUGAAUAACUUUCAAAGUUUCAACCCAUAGCAAUUUGUUAACACAGGUAUAUUGGGCAUUGUUUAGCUGUAUGUUUUCUUUCACCAGGAAUAUAAUUCGUUUUUGGGUGGAGAACCCUCUUAAACAACAUUAAACCCAAUCAACCUCUAAUGGAUUUUUAGAAAAAAGUUGCUUAGAAUUAGGCAGAAUGUUUGGCCUUACAUGCCCUUAAAUGUGGAGAUUUGUCUGAAAAUGUGACUUUAUAUUACAGAUGCCCAAACCGUAUAGCGCGAUUAUAUAUCAGUUCUCAGAAUCUCCAUAUAUAAAGGCUUGACCGUCUACUCUUUAUUUCAUUUAUGUCUGCCCUGAGAGUCAAUUCUUGUCCACACACAAGAGCUAUACAGUAAGAUCUAUAUCACGCUUCAGCAACCGGUUUUACUCAAUCCCACAUACUCGGGCCUCCCCUUGCUACUCCCGCCCUCCCAUUUCUCUUUCCAUACGGGCAUUUCCCGCAGCGUCCAAUCCCAUUUCCCUUCCCCACCGCUCUGUCCUCUCAACCAACCUUGUUAGGCCUGAGCCUUUACCUUCCCUUCCACUAUCGUUGCUACUUCGGAGGAAGCCCAGUGUAUCCAAUCGGAGAACGGCUUCUCUCUUCCGUCAGCAAAGGCCGGGCGGGGCCAGGCGUAAGCAGGUUAGGCAGUCUCUGUGUUGUGUGUGUGUGCCAUGGACUCAGCCCAGUGAUAUUGACAAUAGAGAGAAAAAGGAAAGUGACCCGGGGGGAGGCCAGAGUCACCAGUUAGAAACAGAGGCUUAGACCCCCACCAGCAUCCCUCCGAGAGACGCCGGCUCCCCCCACAACUCACACAACACAGUCCCCCCCGGUUCGCCGGGAUAUCCAUAGCCCAGGCCGCUUAGGGAAUGUGAAUCAUUUCUGUAUGUAAGAGAAAUCUCGAGGUAAUUUGAAGGGAACUCCCGGGAUUAUCCCCAGACUCGCGGGAAAAAGCUACCGGUUGUGAUCGGUGUGUGUUAAGGCCUAGACUCCGCUCAGCAAUCACUGGUCACCAGGGGAAAAAUACUCCACAUCUCUAAUCCCUAUCAGGAGCUCCAAGGGAUAUGUCCUCAGCACCAACCACUCCUCCAUCAGUGGAUAAAGUAGACGGAUUUUCUCGGAAGUCCGUCAGAAAAGCCAGGCAGAAGAGAUCACAAAGCUCUUCCCAGUUCAGAUCUCAGGGCAAGCCAAUAGAGUUAACACCUCUGCCGCUGCUUAAAGACGUCCCAACCUCAGAGCAACCUGAGCUAUUCCUUAAGAAGCUUCAACAGUGCUGUGUUAUUUUUGAUUUCAUGGAUACACUGUCUGAUCUUAAAAUGAAAGAAUACAAACGCUCUACUCUGAAUGAACUGGUGGAUUACAUAACGAUAAGCAGAGGGUGCUUGACAGAACAGACGUAUCCCGAAGUUGUUAGAAUGGUAUCCUGCAAUAUAUUUAGGACCCUUCCCCCAAGUGACAGUAACGAGUUUGAUCCUGAGGAAGAUGAACCUACGCUUGAAGCAUCAUGGCCACAUUUACAGCUUGUAUAUGAAUUUUUCAUACGGUUUUUGGAAAGUCAAGAAUUUCAACCCAGUAUUGCCAAAAAGUAUAUAGAUCAAAAAUUUGUAUUACAGCUUUUAGAGCUGUUUGACAGUGAAGACCCACGUGAAAGGGACUAUUUAAAAACAGUCUUACACAGAAUUUAUGGCAAGUUUCUGGGACUCCGAGCAUUUAUUCGAAAACAGAUUAACAAUAUUUUUCUACGAUUUGUUUAUGAAACUGAACACUUUAAUGGAGUAGCAGAAUUGUUGGAAAUAUUAGGAAGUAUUAUCAAUGGCUUUGCAUUGCCUCUGAAAGCAGAGCAUAAACAGUUUCUUGUUAAGGUGUUGAUACCUCUGCAUACUGUCCGGAGCUUAUCCCUCUUCCAUGCACAGCUGGCGUAUUGUAUAGUACAGUUUCUGGAGAAAGAUCCUACACUCACAGAACCAGUCAUUAGAGGGCUGAUGAAAUUUUGGCCGAAAACAUGCAGCCAGAAAGAGGUUAUGUUCCUGGGAGAGUUAGAGGAGAUUCUUGAUGUGAUUGAACCCUCACAAUUUGUUAAAAUUCAAGAACCUUUGUUUAAACAGAUUUCCAAGUGUGUAUCAAGCCCUCACUUCCAGGUGGCUGAAAGAGCACUUUACUAUUGGAACAAUGAAUACAUCAUGAGUUUAAUAGAGGAGAAUUCAAACGUCAUCCUUCCCAUAAUGUUUGCAAGUCUUUACAGGAUCUCCAAAGAACACUGGAAUCCGGCUAUCGUGGCUCUUGUGUACAACGUGUUGAAGGCCUUCAUGGAGAUGAACAGCACAUUAUUCGAUGAGCUGACAGCCACUUACAAGUCAGAUCGCCAGCGUGAGAAGAAGAAGGAAAAGGAAAGAGAAGAACUAUGGAAAAAACUUGAGGACCUGGAAUUAAAAAGAGGUCUUAGGAGUGAUGGAAUUAUCCCAACUUAACAGAGGGACCAUCUUCAUCCUUUCCUGUGGAGUCCCAUUUAUGUAGUAGAAGAUGGAGCAACAGUUUCUGUAUUGUGCAACUUUACAGUAGAUCACAUUUGUUUCAUUAUUACAGCAGCACUGUAUAUAACUGUCUAAAAAGAAAAAAAUAUAUGGACUUCAAUCCAAAGUUUGGACAGUAGAUGAACUCUUCAGAACUUUGCAAGCAUAAUCAUUGUUUUAAACUUUCUUUAAACCUUUGGAUUUCUUGAUAAAAAAAAAAAAAAAUUACAGUGUCGAAUUCCCAUUUUAAGGCACUUGGGUAUGUAUCUAUGGCAUAAAAUAUGUUGGUGUUUCUGAUCAGGCGACCUUGUUAAAAUUAACUUCUCUUUCUGCUCAACAGGUUAAGUCUAUUUAUAUAGAAACACAAAAAAAACCUUUUAAUAGCAGAGUUUGAGGAACAUCCUCCAUGUCCGGGAAACGUUCUCAUUGUUCUCCAUGACUUUCUUUGCACAUCCUUAAGAGCUGAAUGUCUUUGCAGAACUGUUCCUGGCAACGGUUUUGUAUGCUGGUGUAUGUUUUGGCAAUGCCAGUGUAGCUCUGGUGCUUUUUCUUUUUUUUUCUACAGUUUUAAUUUUGGGCAUGUAUAAGAGAAGUAUAUGGUUAGGUGGCGUUGAAUUUAAGAUUGAAUCCCAUGUACAAGUCUAUCACAGUGCAAACCACAGUACCCAACCAGUAUUAGUAUUUGCGCCAUCCUUACAACACAGGGCUGUUUUAGAAACUCCUAUAUUUUAGCAAUUAUUAUCCUUUGAAAUUUUAUUGGAACAUUUUGAAAUAAAGAGUUUAAAAAAAAAAAAAAGACUAAACAUUACAAACAGGAUGAGUCCUUAAGUGGAUAGGAUUGUAUUCAGAGAAGGCAAAAAGAAACAGUUUAGACUGUUUGGGUUUAAUGCUUUAUAUAGCAUAAUAUGCUGUUACCAAGUAUUUCAGCAAACGAAAAGGGGGUGGAGCCUCUGAAAACCCAUAACCUUGUUUCUGCGGACUCUAGAGCUUGUCCCACCUCACAGUACCAGCCCUCUGGGAAGGGUCCUCCAUCGCACCCUUUCAGCAUUCUGAACAGGAUGCACAUUCUUAACUACUGUAUUUAUCACCGCAAGUGGUUCUGCAAAUGCUACUGAAAGAAAUCCUGGAAUUCCUGUUGUCCUGAGUAUUAAUAAUAAAGUUUAAAAAUGCUUUUAUAUCAAAGGUGCAUUGUGACCAAAUUGUUUAAAACAAGAGAGAGGGCUCUGUUAUAAGUAUCCUUCAUUCUGCUUUGUACCAAGAAGAAGAAAAAAAACACAUAACCAGACAUCUUGGUGGGUAAAGUGCU